AAACUUAUUAAAUAGAUUAAGUUAUGUCAUUGGGAAGCAGGUAUCGCAGUGCCAUCAAGGCACAACAUUGCAUGUGUGCCAAACUGGCCGAAAAAAUGGACCCAAUGGCACUGUGGAUUCUAGUGAUAACAAUCGUACUGUUUCUACUCGUGGGUGUGCUAGGGAUAGUGACCAGUUUCAAGAUGAAUGAAGAUGCGAAUGAAGUGAUGGCGCCAGUCGACUCAGUAUAUUAUCAAAGGUAUGAGAAAUACAAAAACGUAUUCUACGAAAACAGUACGAGCAACUACCAACCACAAUGGAUCAUGUCUGGCUUAGGCAUGUACUUCAGCGUAGUAAUGUACCCCAGAAAUGGGGUCGGUCAACCAAUCGGUGGCAAUCUAGAUGACCCCAAACUCCAGGGACUGGACACUAUGAACAAAUUUUUCAGCCUUGUUGAAGAUUUUGUCUCCGAGGACAACAAGACGUUUCCAGAAUUGUGUGCUAAACAUUACGCUCUUAAUUAUGAUCAGUGCUACCGGAUGAAUAUGUCGGAAGUUUUCAAGCCGGAUUACAGAGGGGAUAACUCAAAUUCCCUGUAUCAAAUUUUAAUGAAAGAGCAAGGGUCUGGUCCCAAACCUUAUCGUCUCACUUUUCCUUCUCAAAAGACUAUCCUGGGACUCGAUACAAUAGUUGUCUCAACUGCUGAGAUUUUGGGCUCGAGCAAACCGGAGUUUUUCGAAAGCGUAGGGUGUAAAACUAAAUUGCAGAAAUCUCGUACCAAGGUUGAUAUCUCUUGUCAAUACGUGGGAGACCACAGCGAAGAUAUAGAAGCUUUACGCUACGCUUGGCAUCUUCGAUACGACACACCAGAAGAAAGUGAAAUGAGUCACAAAUGGAUUCUCGAAGUGGAGGCUAAGUGUCUGGAGUUUGAAGAGGAAGUUAACAAAGGCAGGUCCGAAAACGAUACGUAUUGGAAGUUCAUGUGCUACCACAGUCUAUCACUCUCAGAUGGUGCCAAAGUAGCCAUCACAGAUGACAUGAAGUGGAUUGUUUUGGCGCUUCUUCUCAGUUUGGUGCUCCCUGUCGUGAUGAUUUUGAAGCCCUGUGGCGCGGAUAACUUUGCAAUGAUGGCGCUGACCGGAGUUGGUUUGUUUUUUGUCACUUUGAUUGGAACCGUGGGCGUUGGAAGCAUGCUAGGGUUUGAGUUUGUCUACUCAUUCCUAGUCACGAUUAUUUUCUUAGCCUGGAUCUUCCUGCGUCUGACUCUGCACAUGGUGGAGUCCCUGAAAGACUACCUCUCCACGGUCGGUGAGAAGGGGGAUGAGGAAUUCUCUUUUGCAUGGCUCUGUGGCCACUGGCUCUUCGUAUCAAUCUCCAACUUCAUCGUGCUCUCCCUCACCUCCUUCCUCAUCUGCAGCUCCAUGUACAAAAUCAUAUGGUUCACCGCCGGAUUCUUCGGAGUGUUCUUCCUGCUUAGUUCACUUGCGUUUCUGCUCAUGUUUCUGAGCGUUGUUUCCCUGGUGAUAAAAUCUCGUUCCUCGGACGGCAGACCCUGCUGCAUGGGGAGAGGACCCCCCGACACCUCAGAACCAGUGCUGGACAACAAAGCGAUCGCCACUAUAAAACGGAUAUACGAGAGAAAUGUUAUAAGAGCAUCAGCUGUGGUGAAAGGUGUCAUAUGUGCCAUGUUUGCUGUGCUAUUCGCAAUUUGUCUUAUUUACAGUGUGGUCAUUUUUUCUGCCGAAGAUGUUGACGAAGAUUACUACGGUUAUGAUAGGACUCAAAUCGUGAAGCCGGAUGAUAAUGCUCUCUAUAUGUUGGAGGUUCUCAAGAAAUACUAUCCUGCUCAGGGACCUUUGGUGCAAAUGGUUUUCAACAACAAUGCCAUGUACCAUUAUAAUAAUACCGAAAAUGAAAACUGUAAUCCAGGAUCCACCUACUGCAUAGAACACACUGAGAUUAUGAAUAACGAGUUGUUUCCUGCUUUCUGGGACGGAAAUAAUAACACUUGGGAUAAGUGGAUGCUUAGUUUUUACCAGUCUUAUGUCAUAAAUGUUGAACAAACAGCUGAAAAAAGUCUCAAUGAUCAGGAUGCUGUUAGCAGAAUGUUCAAGCUCGGAACAUUUCUGAUGAAUCCUUUGCAUGCGGUUUACAAUGACAUGGCAAGAAUUCAUGUCGAUGAUCUAGAACCCCCAUAUGCGCCUCGAAUGGCUGGGGAUCCUUAUACACGAAUGUUCAUCAGGCAGAAAUACCUGUCACACACUGCCAAAGAGGUCAAAUUUGUACGCGAGUUGGAAAUGGCACAGGAGAAACUGAAGACGACUGCCAGUCCAACUCUGAUGAAGUAUUUCCCUCCAGACUCUUUCGAAUUCUACUCCAACUUGUUUGUCAUGUACGAAAGCAGCCGUGAAGUCAUUUCACGCUCGCUUCUAAUCCCAGCAGCUGUGGUUGGGUGCAUUAUUUUCGCACUCUUCUGUGCCUGCGUUUCGUUACCUCACCCAUUUGCCCACUUGGUUCUUUUCUUGAACGGCGUCAUGCUUUUCUUUGAAUUCUUUGCCAUCCAAUUUGUACUAGGAACUACGAUUAAUAAUUUCUCAAUGACGUACUACUUUCUCAUGUUUUUAUUCGCAGUCGACUAUUCAUUCUACCCUGUGCAUAUUAACUUGAAGUAUAUCUUGGCAGGAGCUGGAUCCAUCAGGUCACCCACUCCUAGUCCCAUUCCCUCAUUGGUCAUCUUUACUGUGGCCAUGUUCGCAUUCCUAAUCAUGGUCAUCGUGCCUUUGUAUUCACUAGUCGCCGUCGCAAUUCGAAACUGCAUCUUCGUUUUCGGAGUGAUCGGACCUCUUCACGAGUUGCUGUUCGUGCCAUCGAUUUGUGGUCUGGUGAUUUGCGGAGACAAUAAAUGCGAGUCGAAUGAGAAAAUCGGCAAUGGAGCCAAUGGAAUUCACAUGAGCCAGCUGAAAAAGGAAGCAGAAGCGAAUGCCUAAAGUGAACUGAAGUUGAGAUGCUGGACUGUUACCUUUAUUUACAUAUGCAUACCUUAUGAUCUAUUAGUAAUUUUAGUGCUAAUGCUUACAAAUGAAGACCACCCUAAUCCUCCUUACACGUUUGAUUUGAUUGUAGAUGUUUAUCAUUCAGUUAAUUUUCGAUUAUAGGUAAAGUUCACCUCCCCGUCUCUCAUAUUGCUAUUGUUAUUCGUGAUGUUGCUCACACCACGUAGCUUGCAAUUGUGUAUGUCUAACUAUGUAACUGUUUUUAGAAGUAUUUUAUUUAAAAAGUUUUGAAGAAGAAAGAAAUUGAUGUUGUGGUUAGUGGUUAUGGUUGCUGUUUUUAAAUUUCUUCCAGGUUGUUUAUGACGUUUUUCGGUUUUUUAUUAAAUUUUUGUUUUGUGAAUAAUCUGUAAUAUUCCAUCGCAACCGACUGUGUGAAGGUUUCAAAAUCACCGUUGUCUAUUUUAAUAACUAACUGACUGGAAGAUGGAUGUACUUUAAGAGAUUGGAAUAGGUGAGGCAAAAAUUGCAAGGAGAAGAUGCGUGUCGCCUGAAAACUUGGUCUAGAUAUGGUUGGACCUUAUUUCUUUCACCAGUAUUUGGAAAAAUUGAAUUGCCAGGUUUUCGUUUGUCUGCAUAAUUAAUUUCCAAACUAUGGAUUUUUUUUUUCUGAACAAAUUUUGUAAACAUUUUUUUUCCUGUCAUGUCAAUUUAUCAAAUUGGAUAACGCUUGCGAUUAGAAAGCAUUAUCAAAUCGGAAUGUAGACGUUCUUCGGGUUAUUAACUAGUUUAACAACAUAAUGAAUUGAAUCACCUGUUCAAGUUCAAUUAGUACUGAUCAUAUAGGCGGUUUUGAUGAUGCUAGGGUACCAUAUAGGCGAUUUUGAUGAUGCUAGGGGACCUGCAACUUUUUUAAAAGUUUUUUUUUUACAAAAUCAAGUUUUUUUUCGGCUCAGCUGGUGUCUGCUCAAAGAUUUUCGGCUUUGUUUCCGCUUGGUAAGUCUUGUUCAGUUGCUAAUUUGAAUUUCAAUUGUCUGGCUUGGCAUGUUUGCCUGGAAUUACUGUUUGAUAAAAACAGGUAUUAUGAAAAUGUAUGGGAUUGGAAUGUAUGGGUAUUAUGAAAAUGCAUAGCAAGAUCUUCUACACCCUUGUGUGCCUGCUAUUUCCGUGGUCUCCUUUUCUUUUAGCCUAUUCUCUACAGCCUUCGAAAAAGUCUGUGGGGGGAUAUUUUUUAUUUUUCUUUUCGUUUUCGCAAAAGUAACCUACUAAAUCUAAUUUUUUGAAUUAUUUGAAUAGAACAGAUUUAAAAAGUGCCUAUUUAUGAGUGGCUACGCCCAAACUUUUUUUACACAUGAAAUUAUGGCCCUCGGAAUAGAGAAGUUUUGAUUUUUUUGCCGGUUUUUCGAAUCUUUUCGGCUUUUCUCCAAAAUUAACCUCCCAAACCUGUAUGCGUUUAAUGGAGAUAACAGGUAAGAAGCUCCCCUGCAUUUACGGCCACUCGCAUUUUUCUAGACAAGUUAUCGUCCUCGGAAGAGUCAAUUUUUUGAUUUUGUUGAGCGGUUUUUUUAAGUUAUUUUGAAUUUCACCAAAAAUACCCUCCCAUGUCUGAGAUUUUGGUUUCAAUUCACAUAGUGCGAAGCUCUUCUGCAUACGGGAUUACAGGCAAUUUUUUUGACAAAUGUUAUGGCUCUCGGAAACUUGACUUUUCUCGAGAACUACUGUGCCCAGGGGCGGAUUUAGGGCACAGUAGUUCCUCAUGAGUUCGACCCCCUGCCGAGCCAAAGGGUCCCCCCUUUGUUAUAUUUUGAGACAUCUAUUUUAGUGACCGACCCUAAUUUUUUUCUAAAGGCGCCUUAGGUGCCAAUAUAUACUAAUAUUGAGGGGGGAGCGCGCCGAAAAAACGCAAUUUUUUUGUCAAAUUUUUCCAAAAGUUGCCUAAAAAUGCCUUUUUUGACCUGAUUUUUCCAAAAUUUUGUCUGCGGAGCAGAAACUUUGGUCAUAAUGGGGUCUUUAGAGUGAUUUCGGAGAGCUCAAAAAAUCAAAAAGGUCGACAAAAUUGUCGAAGUUUUUGAAAAUUAGCCCCCUCGAGAGGAUCUUAGAUCCGCCCCUGCUUCUGCCAAAACUGAGUUUUUGGGUUCAAUCGAAAUAGCAGGCUGCGUGAAUCUCUUCUGCAUAAGUGGUUACGCCCAAUUUUUUUUUAAUUAAAAAGCUAUAGUUCUCGGAAUUGUUAACUCUCUGAUUUGUUGGCCGUUUUUUGGAUUUUUCUCUAUAACUAUACUGCCAAAUCUGUUAUCAUAGGAUUUACUCGACACAACAGGUUGCUGAAAGGUCAGUUUUUUAGUUUGCUACGCCAAGUUUAAUUAAGAAAUAAGAUUUGGCCUUCAAACAAGAGAGUGUGUUGAAACUUUGACCUUUUUUGUUGUUUCUUGACCCUACUCGAAAAAUACUGUGCCAAUUCACAGGUUAAGUCUACUUGUGCGGAAAAAUGAGAAAAUAUUAAUUUAAAAAACUACAAACUAAUUUUCUUUAUUUUAGAAAUCGACUCUGUGAAUUGCUACGAAAAUUCUAUUGCUACGAACAAGUUUUUCUUUCUGAUAGUUCCAUCUGAUGUCCAGGUGAUAAUUCGGAUAACCGAAAAAUUUUCAAGUUUAAAUCAUAUCAAUUGGACACCAGUUGUUGUUGUUCAUUUCAGAAUCAAAGUUUUAGCACCACUGAAUGAGUCGUUAAGGUUUACCAAUAGAAUUAUCGCAAGCUCAGUGUUUCAAGCAUGUGAGUUGAACGAGAAAAAAAAUGGCAGCCUUUAAAAAGGCUGGUUUGAAUGUUUGUGGUUUUGAGUUGUUAAAAAGAUUGGUUGACUCUCGGAAGGUAUCGAUGCCUCCUAUUUCCUUGCCACGUGUUGAAUUUCUUGCGUCAACCCGUCUUGCCACGGAAAUCAAGACACAGCCCCUCUUACAGAUAAUUGCAAUCUCCGGAAACAAAGCAAUUGCAUCUCCGACGAAGAGGGAUCCUUCCGCCUAGCAGAGUCGGGCAAUCAAGAAACACGAACAACACUCGCGAAAUUUGGGCUGUGAUGGUAGCGCAACGAAAGUUUUUUCGAAAGUGUUUUAAGACUUCCCGUGAAACUAAUCAACAUUUCGAUCAAGCUAAACAAUGAGCGAACAGUUAAUUUGAAUUUGGUCAGCCUGAUAAUAGUUGUAAUUGUUUGAUCUCAUGUGCAAUUGUGGCUGUUGACUAUAACCGUUGAUUACUAGAAGAUCUAGAAGGGAAUUAGUUUUAUUUGUUCUUUUUUUCCCCAUUUUGUCCAAAGGAGUCUCCGUAACGGCCGAUUAAAAUAAUCUACAGAAACUCGUUUACGACGAUGUUUUUUUACUUAGACCCUUGACAUUUUGAAAAAAAAAUCAUAAUGACUUUUCUACAGGUUUUUAUUCACGCAAAACUACCAGCUUUCACUGCUUCGCAGUGAAAGUAGAGCCGUUUUUUUCCUAAAAAUUGCAAAGUCCUCAGUCUUUCUCGAGUGAAUGCUUUUUUUUCGUUUGAAAAGUGUACUUGUGCGGAAAAAUGAGAAAAAAUCAAUUUAAGAAACUACAAACAAACUUUCUUUAUUUCAGAAAUCGACUCUGUGUAUUGCUACAAAAAUAAUCUCAAAUGAAUCUGUACACCUAGAAAGGAUUUUGAACAAGUUUUUCUUCCUGAUAGUUCCAUCUGAUGUCCAGGUGGUAAUUCGGAUAACCGAAAAAUUUUCAAUUUUAAAUCAUAUCAAUUGGACACCAGUUGUUGUUGUUCAUUUCAGAAUCAAAGUUUUAGCACCACUGAAUGAGUCGUUAAUGUUUACCAAUACAAUUAUCGCAAGCUCGGUGUUUCAAGUAUGUGAGUUGAACGAAAAAAUAAAUUUUUGCCUUUAAAAAGGCUGGUUUGAAUGUUGGUGGUUUUGAGUUGUUAAAAAGAUUGGUUGACUCUCGGAAGGUAUCGAUGCCUCCUAUUUCCUUACCACGUGUUGAAUUUCUUGCGUCAACCCUUCUUGCCACGGAAAUCAAGACACAGCCCCUCUUACAGAUAAUUGCAAUCUCCGGAAACAAAGCAAUUGCAUCUCCGACGAAGAGGGAUCCUUCCGCCUAGCAGAGUCGGGCAAUCAAGAAACACGAACAACACUCGCGAAAUUUGGGCUGUGAUGGUAGCGCAACGAAAGUUUUUUCGAAAGUGUCCUAAGAGUUCUUGUGAAACUAAUCAACAUUUCGAUCAGACUAAACAAUGAGCGAACAGUUAAUUUGAAUUUGGUCGGCCUGAUAAUAGUUGUCUCAAAUAAUAUUUUAGAAAUUGACUCCGUGAAUUGCUACGAAAAUAAUCUCAAAUAAAUCUAUACACAUAGAUAGGAAUUUGGAAAAAUUUUUCUUUCUGAUAGUUCCAUCUGAAGUCCAGGUGGUAAUUCAGAUAACCGAAAUUUUGUUUUCAAGUUAAAAUCAUAUCAAUUGGACACCAGUUGUUGUUGUUCAUUUCAGAGUUCAAGUUUUAGCACCACUGAACGAGUCGUUAAUGUUUACCAAUGAAAUAAGCGCAAGCUCAGUGUUUCAAGUAUGUGAGUUGAACGAAAAAAAUAAAUGGUAGCCUUUAAAAAGGCUGGUUUGAAUGUUAGUGGUUUUGAGUUGUUAAAAAGAUCGGUUGACUCUCGGAAAUUAUCGAUGCCUCCUAGUUCCUUACCACAUGUUGAAGUUCUCGCGUCGACCCUUCUCGUCUUGACACUCUGGACACACUCUCUUUAACAGAAAGUUGCAAUCUCUGCAAACGACGGAAUUGCAUCUCCGACAAGGAGGAAUCCCUGUGCCGAGCAGAGUCGGGCAAUCGAGAAACACGCACAGAACUCGCAAAAAUUGGGUUGUGAUGGCAGCGCAACGAAAAUAUUUUCGCGAAAUUUGGGUUGUGAUGGCAGCGCAACGAAAACUUUUUCGGAAGUGUUUUUUUUUUUAGUUCUGUCAAACUGAUCAACAUUUCGAUCAGGCUACACAAUGAGCGAACAUCUAGUUUGAAUUUGGUCGGCUUGAUAAUAGGUGUAAUUGUGUAAUCUAACGUGCAAGUGUGGCUGCUGACAACCCCCAUCGAUUACUUGAAGGAUAUUUACACGCGCAUAAGUUUGUUUGUUUUUUUUUUCUUUUUGUCUAAGUGAAUCUCCAAAUAACGAUCGAUUAAACUAAUCUACAAAAAAUCGUAAUACGACGACGUGUUAUAUCGAAUAUAUCCUCCUUUAAAGCUCUGCAGAAUCAUAAAGUUUACUAUCAGAAUAUAUACUGUUAAGCUGCUCGUAAUGUUUUCUUAAAGAAAACUUUAUAUUGGGCGGACGAUAACUAUUAUAUAAUUUAUUCAAAGCAGAGAUAUUUCUUCAUGAAUAGUCUUUUUGUUUCCCACGAGAGAGAGGACUAGCGACUACUAGUACCAAUGUGUUCCGACAGACACAAAGAGAAGAACCAGCGGUGACUGAUUCAACCAGAAGCUAGUGUGCCGCGGAAGGCACGAUGAGGACUAGUAAUUACUAGUACCAAUGUGUCCCGAGAGACACGGAGAAGAACCAGCGGAGACUGGUUCAACCAGAAGCAAGUGUGCCGCGGAAGGCACGAGAGGGAGGACUAGUCGUUACUAGUGCCAUUGUGUCUCGCGAGGCACUGCGAAUAACCAGCGGAAACGGGUUCAACCAGAAGGAAGUGUCCCCCGGAAGGCACGGGAAAAAGCACUAGUGUUUAGAAGUCGAGAACCAGUGAGAACUGAUUCAACACGAAGCGGGUGUGCCGCAGAAGGCACGAGAGGAAAUUACUAUUGAUUACUAGCACCAAUGUGUUACGAAAGACACGAGGGGGAGAACUAGUGGGGAAAAGUUCAAAAUGAAACAAGCUGGAUGAUGACCAGAGAGAACGCAGGGUAACUAGAAAUAGCUAGCUCUGAAUUAGCAAAGUGUUUCGGUCAAACACGAAGGGGGCUGGAAAAAGACCAGCGAAAAGCAGUGGCUUGCUAGGCGGGGCUAGCUAUAAAAGCGGUGGCGUGUUUCAGCGAAACAAGGGAAGCUGGAAGACGACCAGCAAAAGCGAAGGUGAGCUAGGUAGAACCAGCUGUAUAAGCCGCGAUGUGUUUCUGCAAAACGCGAAGUAAGCUGGAAGACGACCAGCAAAAGGCUCGGAUCAAGCUUUAGAUUAGCUCGCUAAAGUAACCAAAUAAAUGAAAAAUGGAUAAGCAUCUUUUAGAAGUUGCAGUGGUAGAUGUAGAAGUAGUAGAUUUCUCCUUUGUUGUCUGUGUCGUAGGAUACCGUAGCUUCGCACCGUUAUUGUUCUUGUUUUUAAACCUUCGAGGAGUUUUUCAAAGUAUCAAUUUAAAAUCCAACAAAUCCAAAAUUUAGCAUUUUUAAUGAAACCAAUUUUAGAACAUCAAUUGAAGAAAGUAGUUGAAACACUUUUGACGGAAUCUGAUGGUUUAAGAUUUUAACUUUUGUUUUUGCUCUGAUGGUUAUAUUUCCAAACCACAAGACCAAAACAACUUCAACUGGUUCCGUAUUUUACAGGCUGGCUGACUCUCACCUCAUAUUUGUGCUUAUCGCAAUUGAACCUAAUUCCGAAUCCAAUGCUGAGACAAUCGGAAAUUCAAGUUUCAAUUUAAUUCAAAACAUGUCAUCAAUAAUCGCCAAUUCGACUGCCAAUCCUUGUUUUAUGUUAAUUUAAUGUAUCAUUUGAAGCAUUUAUUGAGUUAAUUUACUUUAUACCCUUAGUGCCAUUGAUGCCAGACUUUGAACCAGAUGCUUGUGUAUUCGUGUUGCAAAUUAAUGAUCUUCAUGAAUUAAGUUGUCUCAUUGCCCUCUUUGUGUUUUUAAAAAAUGUUCGUUGGCUUUGUCGAUAUUUUGUGUGCAGUACAGAGUAAAUGGUAAAUCGUGAUUGUGAAAAUUAAUAAUUCGGAGUUUAGUCUAUUGUUCUUUAUAUGAAAUUGUGAUUUAAAACUAAAUUCGUGUUCAACCAAUACAUUGUUUUUAAUAAACUGUUUUUAAAUUGA